AUGGAGCAUGGCGUGCACAAGCCCACGCCAUCAUCAAUCAAGCUGCUGCAAACCUUCGAAGAUCUGUCUGAGCAGAUGGACCGCCUCGAUGUGGGCGGUCAUCUGUGCAUUCGCUUUCCAACACAAGAGUGGAAAGGAUUUAAAAGUCGCUUCAGGCACUACGUAUCGCUCUGGGGUGACCACAUACGCGCGUUCGAAUUUCUCGUCGACCGACAUGAGCCUAACUGGGUGACGGGAUACAUCAAGCGCGUGCUCCGAUCCGAACCCAUCGCCAUCUCCGUCGACGACGAGCAUGUGCCAGUAAUAGAAGUCAGCUCGUACAAGCGCGAAGACAUGUACAGGAUCGUUACCAAAGAUGGCAGUGUCAAGAAGUUCAUAUUCAAGCCCAGGGCAUGGAAGGACUAUAUUCGCGACUGCGAUGAGCUUCACGAUAUGCUCCACGACUGGCGUGUCCUCCACUCGUCUGGCACAAACCCGGGCACUGGAUGUCCCGUUGAGACGGCUCAGAACCAGGAAGCGGUGGAUCCUCAGGCAAUCGUCUUGAUGCUGCCCAUGCCCUACAACGAAGAGCCCAUUACUCCUGAGCACUCCGUUGGAGCCUCUCCUUCUCACCUUGCGCUUCCUUCGACUUCUUCGAGAAAGGAGAAGCCGGAGCUGUGGCACGAUCUCGACAAAGUCACCGCUGACAAGCUCACUCAUGAGGCCAACUUGUGCAGGCAGAUGGAGAAGGCCAGCAUCUCCUAA